GGAAGUGUUGGCAACAAUAUUCAAUAGUGAGACCUUGUGUGGACAGAUAGCUUUUCUAAAACUACAAGUAGAAAAGCGUUUCGAUUCCUUGUGGACUGGGUGUAUGUCCAAACCGAAAACCAGCCCACCGACUGUCAAGCUCUUAUUUUGUGGAUGUGAGCGGAAGUGCAGCGUCACUCUUUCAGUGAACUACAACACAGUCCGUCCUCUGCUUUAUGCAUGGUAUAACUCAACGAGAAAAGUUGGGAUGACAUUGACAAACUGCUCUUCAAACGCUUCAUGUUUGCGUUCGUAAUGGUUGUGAAAGCUACUUACGUUUGGAGUUGAAUCGCGGUGCAACUUUUCCAGCAUUACUUCAAUUUGCUGUAAGAUUGUAUUUCAAACAUUAUUUGUAGUGCGCCCGUUUGAAUCGACUGGCAUUUUACUUGUCUGGUAAUUGUAAAACCAGUUAUUAAUGUAGGCGCAUCCCUAUUAUUUGCAUAUACGUUGCAUAGCAAACCGGCGUAGAACGGAUCAACAACAGAAGCAUGGAAGACAAUGGACCCGCUGAAGGUUCUGGGCCAGACAGAGGUUCCUUCAGUAAUUUAGGGACAGGCGUUGGCGCCAAGCAAAAUGACAGACAAGACAAGGCAACUCCGUUCCAUAUCGUUAGUGACUCAGGAUUUAACCGCGGCAAGCGACUUGGGAGCUCCUCUGUCAAAAGUUUGGGGUCUCCCGGUCGCCUGCUGCUUUGCACAUCUGGGGAGCUGAGUGCCCAAAGUAUUCAGAAGAAAGUAGCUGCAGCAUCCAUUGGAAGCUCGGGAGACCAAAAACCCAGUAACGGAGCUGAUCAGACCAUGUCAACUGAAAAAGCAAGUCCACUUGGAGUUCAGCUGACCCUGAGGAAAGCAGCUAAGUUGGACCUGACAAGCAUGCACACUUCUGUACCACUUCAAAUGACAGAGAUUGAAGAUAGUGAAAGAAGAGACGGCUUCACCGCCACCAAACCUCACUCAGCUACCAAGAGGAAGAAAAGGAAGAUGGGACUGUACAACCUUGUCCCGAAAAAGAAGGCAAAGCCUCUUAAAAAACAGGAAGAGGAUGAUUCUCCCAAUGUGCAGAGGAACCACGUUGCAGCCGAUGGGAUGAUAUCCAAAAAGACAAAAUCCGGAGAAGCCUCAAGUACUACAAAUAAUUUGGCAAUAGAAGUGCAACCUGGAGAAGCAAGCCAAGUUGAAUACACAGAACUGAAUUUGGACUGUCUUGAUCUGAAAGCUCAGGAAAAGCUUCUUUUACCACACUCAACAGCACUUGCUGAGGUGACUGAAUCAGACUUGGCUGAGGAGUUACCAUUGUGCUGCUGUCGCAUGGAGACACCUCCCAGUGGAGUUGUGUUGUCUGCACUGGAUCAGACCUGUAUGGCCAUGGAGAUCACAGAUGGAAUGGUGAGUCGUUGCCAGCGACGGGUGAUGAAACACGAAAUGAUGAGACCCUCCAAUAUGGUCCAUUUGUUGCUUCUAUGUGAGAAUCACAGGUCCAGUAUGGUUAAACACCAAUGCUGUCCUGGCUGUGGGCUCUUCUGUAGUGUGGGUACCUUCAUUGAGUGCCAGCCGUAUGGCAGUAUUUCCCACCGUUUCCACAGGGGUUGUGCCUCGAUAUUGAAGGGUCGCAGGUUUUGUCCCCACUGUGGAGAGGAUGCCAGUGGUGCAAAGGAGGUUACAGUACUGAAGAACAAUAACUCAGCCUCCCCCCUUACAUCGAACCCAGGACCAUCACUUCCAGGUGUGCCACCAUGUCCUCCUACACAGCCACUUAGAGCUAAAAAGACCAGUGAGCCACAAAGGAGUAGAGAGCUGAACCUUGGCAGGGAUGAGGCAGUGUGUACUGCAGGCAGACCAGCUAAAGAAUCACUAGAGACUAUACUCAUGGGACUGGAUGAUGAAAGUCUAAAACCACCAGAGGUUAAUUCCUCUAACAGACAGCUCUACCUUUCUGCAAAACAAGGAGCGCUCCAGAGGGUCAUUCAUCUUUUGGUUGACGGAAAGGAUCCCAACUUUUUGAUGGAUGGACAAAACAAAUGCUCACCCCUUCAUGCUGCUGCUGCUGGAGGUCAUCAGGAGAUCUGCCAUGUGUUGAUCCAGGCUGGAGCUCACCUGGACAUGUUUGAUGAAAAUCAGAGAACGCCCCUGAUGGCUGCUUGUGAAAAUAACCAUUUGGACACAGUCAAGUACCUGAUCAGGGCGGGUGCAGCCAUUAAUCACAAGGAUGUAAUGGGUUCCACCUGUCUGCAUCUGGCAUCCAAACUGGGACAUUAUGACAUCGCUCAGCAUCUGCUCUCCAGGACAUCCAAGUACCUGAACUGUCAGGAUGAUGGUGGAUGGACCCCCAUCAGCUGGGCAAUCGAGCACAAGCACAAGGACGUGUUCUACCUGUUACUGUCCAAAGGGGCUGACGUUAACAUCAGAGACAAGGAACAGAAUGUCUGUCUGCACUGGGCAGCCUUAUCAGGGUGUGCUGAUGUUGCCCGGGCUCUUUUGGAUUCCCAGUGUGACUUAAAUGCCGCCAAUGUUCACGGAGACCUGCCAAUUCAUGUGGCUGCCAGAGAAAACCACUUGGAGUGUGUGAUGUUGUUUUUGUCUCGUGGAGUUGACCUCCGUCAGAAGAAUAGGGAAGGACAAACUGCUUUGGACUGCUGCAUGAAUGGCUCAAAUGUGUGGAUGGCCCUCAACACAAGCAAAAAGCUGACAGAUACCAAGAGGAACAUGGACUGUCCUGGAGAGCAGCUGCUCAGCAGGGAUAUUUCUCGUGGGUAUGAGGCAGUUCCCAUAACCUGUGUCAAUGGUGUUGACAGUGAGCCAAGCCCUGGAAACUUUAAAUACUUGCCAGACAACUGUGUGACUUCCCCACUCAACAUUGACAAGGACAUCACUCACCUGCAGCAUUGCAGUUGCACAGAUGACUGCUCAUCCAGUACCUGCAUGUGUGGUCAGCUCAGUCUGCGAUGUUGGUAUGACAGUGAGGGCCGGCUACCACCGGACUUUUGUCAGCAAGAUCCUCCGGUUCUCUUUGAGUGCAAUCAUGCCUGCUCAUGUUGGAGAACAUGCAAAAAUCGAAUCGUCCAAAAUGGACUGAGAGUCCGACUACAGCUCUUUAGAACACAGAAAAUGGGCUGGGGUGUUAGAGUCAUGCAAGAUGUCCCUCAAGGAACAUUUAUUUGCGAAUACGUUGGUGAGAUUAUCGCUGACACAGAGGCAAAUAAAAGAGAGAACGACUCGUUCCUCUUUACCCUUGACAAUAAGGUGGGUGACAUACACUGCAUCGAUGCAAGACUUUUUGGUAACAUCGGCCGCUUCAUUAACCAUCUUUGUGAGCCCAACCUGUUGGCUGUGAAAGUAUUCACCAUGCACCAGGAUUUGCGCUUUCCCAGGAUUGCCUUCUUCUCCAGCAGGGCAAUCAAAGCUGGAGAGCAGAUUGGGUUUGACUAUGGUGAUGACUACUGGGCGGUGAAGAGUAAAUACUUCAGCUGCGAGUGUGGCUCAGUGAAGUGUCGUUACUUCUCCAGAAGAUAGACCUUGGUGACCACACUGAAUUAUUGAGGGAGUUUCUCUUAUUCUCUGUAUGGAAUGGACUGUUUGCAAUGUGUUUCAGAAGCUGUUCAACAAUUUACAAUGUUCUGCACUUCUGCUGUGGAUCUCCAGACACACAUGCAUCAUUAUCUAGAGGUGCAUUGGGGUGAAAAUGCAAAGCGGCAUCUAAGAAUAUUGGAUUGAUUGCCUAAGGCAGGAAAGAUUAAGAUGGAACAAAUAUUCAAAUUAAAUAAUUUUAUUAGAUGAAAGGUUUGCAUACAGCACAUCUGCUGCUCACUCUUGUCCUUCAAAGUCAGACAUGGGCAAACCAUGGCCCGUGGGCCAUAUAAUAGAUCUCUGCUCUUCAUAGGAGUUACAUUCCACACUGAUCAGCGAAUGCCGAAAGUUCGCAAGUCGCAAAAAUUUCUAUUUCGCUCGUCCCCCUCCAAACGCUCCUCUGCUAGCUUGACGUCGACGUUGUACUAUUUCAGAUCAACAUUUGCAAUAAAAGUAAUUGUUGUCAUUAUUAGAUGAGAUUCAGCUCCAGGGCCCUCUCCUUCUCUCUUCAAUUGUCAUUGUUUAUUAGCAACUGAAGCUAACAAGCUAAGUGCACAACCCAGGUUUCAUCCCUAAAUAUGCCUCACACACUCAUUAAACACAUUUAAAGUAUUAAAUGUAUAGCUACUCACCGCUAAUGAAUGGCAAUGUAAGAUGAUCCAUGCACACAUGAGUUCCAGUCACAGCACACAACUGUGGAGCGUUCAAGGGCUGCCAUACAAAUUGUGAAAUCUCUGGGGAAAAAGCAUAAGUGAAGCAUAAAGACAUAAACAUGUAAAAAUUUUGGGCUUUUUUUUUUUAAACAGUGGUACAUGUAUGCAGUACAUUUGACCUGUAUUACUCACUUAUGGUGAAUGAGAUGUUAAAUGGUUAAAUGUGAAAUAAAUAAAUAUAUAAAUUUUUUAACCAAAAAUCUACAACUUUGUGGGACCGUGAAUACUGAAUCGCGAAUGUGCAGGGAUCUAUAAACUCUAUCAGCCUGGAAGGCUUUUUAAUCUGUCACGGAGUACAAAAUUUCACUCCUGAUCAAAAUCUUAAGACCAGUUGAAUAUUGUUAGAAUUUGCAUUUUGCACAUUUGGAUCUUAAUGAGGUUUUAAGUAGAGCUACAAUAUGCAAAAGCAAGAAAGGGGAGUGAGACAAAAAGCAUUUUGAAAAAGUAAUUUAUUGAAAACAACAAUUAAACUGAAAUAGGCUGUUUAUCAGCUGAUCAAAAGUUUACGACCACAGGCUAUAAAAGCCAAAAUCUGCUCAAAAUGUUCAUUUUCUGUCAGGCAUUCACACUGUCAUGCCCCCCUGAUGGCUAAAGCUAAGAAGCUUUCUCUUUUUGAACGUGGUCGGAUUGUCGAGCUGCAUAAGCAAGGCCUCUCGCAGCGUGCCAUUGCUGCUGAGGUUGGGUGCAGUAAAUCAGUCAUUUAAAAUUUUUUGAAAGAUCCUGAGCAUUAUGGAACAAAAACGUCAGGUGGUAGACCCAAAAAAAUCACACCUGCUCUGAGCUGGAAGAUCCGAUUGGCUGUCCUUCAAGACACAGGGCGGUCUUCGACCCAAAUUAAGGCCCUUACUGGUGUCGACUGCAGCGCAAUAACCAUCCGACGGAAAGGUUUAAAAAAAAAAAAAAAAAAACAAUUCAAGCCAGAAAACUGCCCGUUUAGACUUUACCAGGGAGCAUCAAACAUGGGACAUUGAAAGGUGGAAAAAGUUUGAUUUUCUGAUGAGAAAAAAAGUAACCUUGACGGUCCAGAUGGCUUCCAACGUUACUGGCAUGACAAGGAGAUCCCACCUGAGAUGUUUUCUACCCGGCACAGUGGAGGGGGAUCCAUCAUGAUCUGGGGUGCUUUUUCAUUGAGUGGAACACCGGAGCUUCAGGUGGUGCAGGGUCGUCAAACGGCGUCUGCUUACGUGCAGAUGUUGCAGCGGGCAUCCCUUAUGACUUAGGGCCCUCGUCUGUGUGGUAACAGCUGGGUUUUUCAACAGGACAACGCUGCAGUUCACAAUGCUCGCUUGACCAAGGACUUCUUCAGGGAGAAUAACAUCACUCUUUUGGACCAUCCUGCAUGUUCCCCUCAUUUAAAUCCCAUAGAGAACAUUUGGGGAUGGAUGGCAAGGGAAGUUUAUAAAAAUGGCCAUCAGUUCCAGACAGUUGAUGCCCUUGGUGAAGCCAUCUUCAACACUUGGAGCAAUGUUCCCACUAGCCUCCUGGAAACACUCGCAUCAAGCAUGCCCAAACCCAUUUUUAACAAGAAGUGAUUAACAAGAACGGUGGAGCUACUCAUUACUGAGUCCUACUGAGAAAAUGUUUUGUUCUGGUUUGGAGAAUUUUUUUUGUUAUUUUUUGAGCGAUGGUCUUAAACUUUUGAUCAACUGAUAAACAACCUAUUUCAGUUUAAUUGUUGUUUUCAAUAAAUUACUUUUUCAAAAUGCUUUUUGUAUAUUGUUUUUGCAUAUUGUAGCUCUACUUAAAACCUCAUUAAGAUCCAAAUGUGCAAAAUGCAAAUUCUAGCAAUUUUUCAACUGGUUUUAAGAUUUUGAUCAGGAGUGUAUUAUUUAAAUUAUUCAAACUUUUAACAUCAGAACUGUAGCAUAAGUAUUAAACUAUGGAACUAAUUCCAAUGGUUGCUGAAGCUACAUUCUAUUCUUUUUCAUGAUUACGGUAUUCAUAAGGACCGUGGCACCGGAGGUCAGGGAAGAUGAGGCUGGCAUACGAAGCAAAGUGGGGGUUUGGUUACGGGAGUGCCAGCUCAUGUGAUGGAGAGGGACAAAGAAGAAAGCUUUUUACAACAAAGUUGUUCUGUUUAACCGGACUUUUAGGUGUUUUUUAGCCUUUGUUUUGCCGCAUUUUUCUGUGUUUUUGUUUGACUGCAAAACGUGGAGGAGGUCGUCUGGGAGAUAAACAAAGAAGGAUGUUCACAUGUUGUUGCUAUACAUUGUUUUAUAGUUCAUAUUGUAUGCCCCAAAGUCAAUGUACAUUCUGGGUGUCUUAUUCAGUUAAAAAAUGUCAAAUUAUUUUCAGUUUUUUGAGGUGAUCUGUCACUGUACCCGUUUUAACUAUGACACCAUCGCUGAACCUGCCGAGAUCUUUACAAGGAUCAUUAUUUGAUGUAUAUUUAGAAAUUGUUAUUUGUGGUUGAAAUGGAAAUUGUAGUUGUUACAUUAUUAAGGUAAAGUGAUGAUAAACGUGACAUGAAUAUCAUGGUUUUAUUGAGUGGUUCUAAUAUGAAGUCUAAUUGUAAAAAUUAUUUGUCAUGAUUGAUGUGCUGUUCGCAAAAUACGCACACAAUUUCUACCAAGGCCGCCGUUUGGGGGUGGUGGGGGAGUUAUGACGUUACGUCAGGGCCCCAAAAAAUAGGUAAUUUUAAAAUAAUAAAAUUAGAUUUUUUUUUUCCAUGGGGCCCAGAAUUACUGAUGGCUUCCCUGAUUUCUGCUAAUAAUAAUAUAGUACAGAAACUUCCCAUAAAAACCCCAUAACAAUCAUUACCUGUCGUGUCUGCCGCCAUCACGGUCAUUCUAACACAUAGCAGCUGCUCAGCAAGAAGCUAUGCAUUAGUUAUGGGGGGCCAAAUGACAAUGUGAAUAAAACCUUAUUAAGAUAAUAAAUCAUGCUUUUUUGUGGUUGAAUACAGCCUCAUAUUAGUAAAAAAAAAUAUGCAUUUUUAAGCAAAUUUUAUUUGAUAAAUUUUUAAGUAAAAUACAAAUAAAAAGCAUUCAAAAAAACACAUUCAAAGAUAAUCUGAAUAUAAUAUAUUAAUAUGUAGCAUUCUACACUGGUCACUGCUUGUCAGUAAUGUUACUGUAAUGUUGGAUGAGACACACAAGCAUCAAACUUGAUCACUGGAACAACAGACUUUUAUUGCAGGUCUGAUUGAUCUCACAAGAGGAACAAUAAUCCCUAACACGGGCUACUGUUGCGGCCGUAACCCACGCCAAGCGAUGACUCAACUCUGAACCCCCUAUGUUACUUUCUGUCCGACCCCUAACAACGGAGCACAUUUAAAAACAGUAUUUAGAAGGUCUUAAACAUGUUUUCCGUGAUCUAACUAUGAAAAUAUUAAAUUUAUAAAUAAGGAAUCCUACUGGUCAGUGUCGGGUUUGGAACCAAUUAACCGCGAUAAACAAGGGAUUACUAUACUGUAUAUGUAUAGGCCAGCCCCCGGCCAUAUUUUUUAACCAAAUGUGGCCUGUGAGUCAAAAAGUUUGGCCAUCUCUGUUCUCCGAAAGAAGUGUUUAUUUUUCCCAUAUUAAGACUGUUGAAAGCACUUUCCCUGCGCUCUAUACAAAAAUGAACCAACUGUGUGAAGAAAAUAUUUUUUCUGAAUUUGAAUUCAACUAAACACAGGUAGGAAAAAAAAUUGAGAUUGCAGCUAAGAGAAGAAAGUGGAUCAACCCCUAAAGGCUGAUAUAUUUGUUUUUGUUUUGUGUUAUUUGUGUGAUAUAUUAGGCAAGUAUUUGACAUUAACAAAAUCUCACUGCACACCUUUAAGUGUGCCAUACAGUAACUUUCCUCUGUACGAAUGGCAACAGGUGCAAGUGAUUGUUCUGUCUGUCACAAUGCAUCACUGACAUGGAUUGAUCAACGAAGAUACAUUUUUUGUAGCAAACAACAAAUGUCAUUGGAAACUUUGUAGUUUCCGACAAGUUAAGUGAAAUUGGCUCAUUUCCAGUGACACACCUGUCGUUCUUUCAAGCACACCAUGUUAAAAGUUUAGAAAUGUACUUACCAUCAGGGAUUUGAUAUUUUCGUCAUAUUGAAAUGUUUGACUUUUGUAGCACUAUUUAUUCCAUGUUGACUAUACUGUAUA